AUGAGUCUCCGUUCCUGGCUGCCCCAGGCGGCUGCGUGCCGAGGAAGCCACUGGCAGAGCUCGCUGCUGGCGCUCAGGGCGUCCCUGCCCACGCGAGCGCAACCGAAGAAGAAGAAGAAAGUGGAUGUAAAGAGAGAGCAAGCGCAGAAGGAUCGGAUGAAAAAGAAGAUUAAAAAGUUGGAAAAAGCUGCCCCAGAAAUGAUUCCAAUUGAGGAUUUUAUAACGCCGCUGAAGUACUCCGAUAGCAACAGGGUGCGAAGUCUUCCCCCUCUGUCGUUUGAGGAGACUGAAAGAAGAGUUUUACUCAUGAAAAAGUGGUGUUUGUUUAAGCAGAAACAAGACAAGGCAGAAAAGAAAGCGAUCCAGACCCUUGUGGAAGCUCAGCAAGAGGCACUAAAGGAACUGCGCCUGGAGUCCGAGGAGCUGUAUCAGGCCGCGAUCAGACGAGAUGAGGGGCUCUUCCCCUUCGAGAGAGAUGGACCCGAUUACACCCCACCGCUUCCCGGUUACGACCCUCCUGAAGGAAAAUGCGUUGAUAUCACCAAAGUGUACACGCAGUGA